AUGGAAGACUACGUCAGGUCGAGCAAUAUCGCUUUCGGACAGAUGUUUCUCCACAUGGACGCAGACUAUCAUCACGUUAUUGAUGAUUGUGAGGAAAAGUGGGUUGCAUGCACGCAUUUAAAGACACUUUACGGUGGAUCGCAAAAAGAUGGGCGCAUGUUUUCGAAACGCCAGCUCUUCAGUAUGGAGAUGAAAAAAGGCGGUAAUUUGAUGCAUCAUUGCAACGAGGUUCUUAACAUCAGCGCCAAGCUUACCAGCAACGGCGCCAAGAUGGAGGACGAAGACGUGGCGAUCUGUUUGUUGCACAUUGUCCCCAAGAGCUACGAGAAUGAAUGUCCUGUCAAUUUUGGAGAUAAACAGACUCAACUACUAUUAAGAGAAGUUGUGAGGGUGCUUAAGAAUGAUAAAAUCAAGAGACAAGGCAAGAAGACGGCAUUGGUUAUAGACGAAGAAGCGGCUAACGCUUUCAGCACCGAGCGCAAAUCUCACCAGUUGGUACUAUCUACGGGAAAGAGCAUACCCGGAAUGUGGGCGAUUGACAGUGGAGCAACAGACCAUGUAUGCAACAACAAGGCCACGUUCACGACGCUGGUCGAGAAAGAUGAAGGUGACCUGUUGGUGGCUGAUGGCAACAAGGACGCAAUCAAGGGUGUGGAGAACCAUCAUCAAACGACUGGUUCUGCACAACAACUACGAGCGCGACAUCGAAAUCAAGGAUGCCUUAUUCGUGCUGAAGAUGAACGAGAAUCUGCUAUCGGUGCCGCAGAUCAACAAGAGUGGCAAGUUUCACGUGGUGCUCAACGGUGCGAGUAUGCACGUAGCGCACAAGAAUUUGAAGCAAGCGGUGGCAACAGCGGAGCUCGUCGAUAG